GAUUCUCUCUCUAAUUACUGAUAUCCGAGGUUGGACUAACUUUAAUCUUCUGACCAGCCGCUGCGCCCUUUGAAAGACACCUCACUCCCGGUCACAGCGACAGGUCCUUCGCAUUCACUUUCCUCGAAUGAACAAAAGGUUACUUCAAUCAUGUUUAGCGCGAUAAGACCAGGACUGGCAUUAUUGUCACUUCUUUUCCUCUUUGCGCACUUUCCGAGUGUAUACACUUCGCCCGUUGAGAUAGCAUCAAGUCUACGACGAGAUAACAAUGGACAUGUCCAUAAGAUUGAAGAUGGCAAGCUGGGUGCGGUAGCGAGCGAAAGCGCGAUCUGUAGUCGCCAUGGUACCGAGAUGCUGAAAAUGGGCGGAAACGCUGCUGAUGCUAUGGUUGCUACAGUAUUUUGUGUCGGAACCAUAGCCAUGUACCACAGUGGCAUUGGAGGAGGUGGAUUCAUGCUGGUCAAGGCACCGAAUGGGACGUUCGAAUUCAUCGAUUUCCGCGAGACAGCACCUGCCGCCGCCUUCGAGGACAUGUACACGAACAAUACCAAAGCAUCCACCCGCGGUGGCUUAGCAAGUGGUGUUCCUGGUGAGAUCCGUGGUCUGGAGCAUCUCCACAAAAGCUAUGGCUCUCUGCCCUGGUCGACCGUUAUGCAGCCUGCGAUCCGAAUGGCACGCGAGGGCUUUCCUGUCACCGAAGACCUGGUUAAUUAUAUGAAAAAGGCGGUCGAUGGCGAGGAGGACUUCCUAUCCAAGAAUCCGACAUGGGCUCUUGAUUUUGCCCCGAACGGGACCCGACUCGGCCUUGGUGAUACUAUGACUCGCAAGCGCUAUGCCGAUACUCUCGAGACCAUCGCCAACCAAGGCGCAGAUGCCUUCUACUCCGGGCCUAUUGCCGAGACUAUGAUAGAUGCUUUGCGGGCAGAAAAUGGCACCAUGGCACUGGAAGACCUGCGUAACUAUACGACACUCAGCCGUGAAGUCGCCCAUAUUGACUAUCGUGACUAUAAAAUCGCGUGCACUACGGCUCCAUCAAGUGGUAUUGUUGCGCUGAGUGCACUGAAGAUUAUGGAAGCUUAUGGCCAGUUUUUCGCGCCUGGUUACGUCAACUUGAGUACACAUCGCAUGGAUGAGGCAAUUCGGUUUGGCUAUGGUGAGAGGACUAAAUUGGGCGAUCCACUGUUUCUCAAUGGACUGGACAAGUAUCAAGCGAAUAUGCUGAACCAGUCCACUAUCGAUAGUAUUCGAGCCAAGAUCUCGGACGUGCGGACUCAAAAUGUGUCUGCUUAUGAUCCCCAAGGAAUCGAGAGUCUAAACACUCCGGGAACCUCUCACAUGGCAGCCGUCGAUCACUCAGGAAUGGCAAUUUCUCUCAUUACGACGAUUAAUCUUUACUUUGGAAGUCAUUUGAUGGUCCCUGAAACGGGUAUCAUCAUGAACAACGAGAUGGAUGACUUCUCUACUCCUGGCUCAUCCAAUUCCUUUGGUUAUAUUCCUUCGGAGGCAAAUUAUAUCAAACCCGGAAAGCGCCCGUUGUCCUCUGCAUCCCCAGCCAUCGUGACCCACCCCAACGGGACUGUAUUCUUUCUCGCUGGGUCCGCAGGCGGUAGUCGGAUUAUUACAGCUACAAUCCAGAAUAUCAUCCAUGCCGUGGACGAAGGGCUUUCCGCGGCUGAGGCACUGGCCCGACCUCGAUUACACGAUCAACUGGUCCCCAACCAAGUUUCGUUCGAGUAUGCCUAUGACAACGCGACCGUCGCGUUCAUGAAAGCCCGCGGCCACAAUGUGACCUGGCUUGCUCCGGGGCAGAGUACUGCCCAAGCCAUCCGAGUGCUGCCAAAUGGAACUUUUGAUGCUGCUGGUGAGCCGAGACAGCUUAACUCGGGUGGAUUUGCCGUGUGAUUAAGGAUGCUUCUUGAUGAAGUUGUGAUAGGCCUUUUUAUAGUGGGUGCAGGGAUGUAGAUAGUGCAUAUUGCGGAAUAUCUAUGCUUAGCCUUGAUAGCAUGUUACAUACAUCUACUUCAACUUGCAAGUCAAGUAUGAUAACGCAAUUAUUAUCACCAAUAUGCGUAAUGAUAUUUCCAUCAUGAUCUGCCUCUGAAUAUUCCGAGUAGAAGCUGAAGUGGUGGUCCGUGCUCCACAUUGCUCCGCGUCUUUCGCGUUGGAUUGACGCACCUUUUUCAUUCACUUCCCUAACCUCCUUCACUA